AUGCUCAUCAAUGGUGCUCUCGUGCACGGCGGCACCACGGCUGCCGUCAUCAACCCUGCCAGCGGCCAGGAGUUUGAGCGGGUGCCGAAUGCGUCGGCGGCGGACGUCGACAGCGCGGUGGCGGCAGCCAAGGCGGCCUUUGGCGGAUGGGCUGCGCUGCCCUUUGCGAAGCGCGCCGCCUGCUUCAUCAGCUUUGCUGCCCUGCUGGAGAGGGACAAGGGGCGGCUCGCAGCUGCGCUGUCGCAGGAGCAGGGCAAGCCACUCAAGCCCUUUGCGGUGGGCGAGGUCAAGAUGGCGAUAGGCAAGGCAAAGGCAUGCGCGGACUCGGCCAACGAGCUGGUGCCAGAGGAGUACGAGAGGAAUACAAAGGGGCGGUGCACCUGCCUCUGGGCGCCACGGGGCGUCGUCGCCGCCAUCUGCCCCUGGAACUUUCCACUCGCGAUCGCCGUCAACAAGAUGCUCUGCCCGCUGGUGGGCGGCAAUACGGUGGUGCUCAAGCCGUCGCCGAUGACGCCGCUCUCCACGCUCCUGCUCUCGGACCUUGCGAUGGAGGCAUUCCCGCCUGGCGUGGUCAACAUCCUCGCAGGAGGCAGUGAUGUCGGCGCGGUGCUCGUCGAGCAUCCCGACGUCGCCACCGUCACCUUCACCGGCUCCAGUGCUACCGGGAAGCGCAUCAUGGCCUCGGCGAGCCCUUCGCUCAAGAAGGCGCCGCGCCGCAGCUGUGGCAGCGCAAACGCCUCGGCGUCUCGUCAUGAUCCCGGAACGAAGCGUGCCUGCGUACCGCAGGCGAUGUUCAACACCGGCCAGGUCUGUGUCGCGCUCAAGCGGCUUUACGUCCACGCCUCGCAGUACGAGGAGAUGGUGGCCGCACUGGGCGCCGAGGCGCGAGAGAAGGUGCAGCAGCUCGGCGACGGCCUCACGCCCGGCACCGUCUACGGACCACUGAACAAUGCGAUGCAGCGCGACCGUGUCGAGGAGCUGGUGGAGGACGCAAGGGCGGAUGGCGCGCGCGUGGUUGCGGGAGGAGAGCGCGUACGGCCACCUUCCGCUCCACAGGGCUUCUUUUACGCACCAACAAUCCUCGCCGACUUGCCCGACACAGCACGCAUCGUGCGCGAGGAGCAAUUUGGCCCCGCGCUACCGGUGCUGUCGUACGAGACGGUGGACGAGGCGGUCGAGCGCGCAAACGACUCGGAGUACGGCCUCGGCGCGUCUGUAUGGGGCGCCAACAGGGCCGUCAACACUCAACGUCCGACGCCCACGCAGGCGGGCAGCAUCUGGAUCAAUAACCACCUUGGGUCCGGCCUUGACAUUGACGCUCCGUUCGGCGGCGUCAAGGAGAGCGGCAUCGGCAAGGAGAAUGGUGGCAAGCUCGCCUUCAAAGCGUUUUGCGACGAAAAGUACCUCUACGCGCCCUUCCCUUUGUAG